AUGCCGAGUUCCUGCCAAGAUAUCAGAAACGCCCUGGCGCAAUGCCUCCAGGAAUCCGAUUGCAUUAUGGUCCAACGGCGCACGCCCCGCGAGUGCCUAAGUGAUCCGUACGUCGAGGGACUGCCCAUGCGAUGCCAACAGCUGCGGAAGGGAUUCGGCGAGUGCAAGCGCGGGUUAGUCGAUAUGCGCAAGCGGUUCCGCGGAAAUCAGCCCAUCGCGGUAUCCAAGGAGCUUGAGGGCGGUAGUAGCUCGGGUUCGUCUCAGCAACUCUACGCCGGAAAGCCGGCCUUCGAGUCGGUCAAGGAGAUUAGUGGGAAUGAGGUGCAGAUGGACCCUGAGAAGACCAGAGGUCUGUGA